AUGAAUGGGACAGACACCAAGACGAACACUGAAGUCCAUGUAGUUGAGCAACUUCCCACGCCGACCCUGUCUCCGGAGCCGGAAGAUGAGGCCCCGCCGAUCUUGCAGACCGCCCAAUCGCUGUCGGACGGACUCUGUGAUAUCAAGACGAAUGGAAACGGCGCCUUGAGCCCCAGCGAUCACAGCCGGAGAACGAGCAACUAUGACGAAGCAAUCUUGUCGGAUACAAGCGAGAAAGGCAGACGAGUACCGCCAAUCCGAAGACCCGGCGAUGGAAGGCGGAGGAGCAGCGUCUCUGAGCAGGAGAAGCUCCUGAGGCUUAGUCCCAAGCAAAUUCAUGAAUUGACAAGCGAGCCCGCGAGUAUACCCGUGCGGGCAGCGACGCCCAUACAAGAGGAUGCACAGGAAGAGCAGGCGCCAGAUGAAGAGAGACCUGGGCGGGAAGCCAGCCGAGGACUGGGGGUUCAAUUAGAACCGCUUCGAGAGACCCAUGGCACACAGAGCAGAAGGAAGAGUCGCUCAAGGAGCAGGGAAACAAGACUUGAUAGGGAACUGGUGAUGGUCAAGGGCCAACAGCGACCUGCUUUGAGGGAAAGGUCUAUCACCACACCGACCGUUAUGCGGAGGAAGGAGUUAAGCCAAAAGAUACAGGGACAGGCGCAUGCGAACGAGGAAGACAAGCGGUCCUCAAGACAUGUCCCUCCACCGCUCAACUUGGACACUAGGGACACCAGGCAGAAUUUGAAGGCUCCGCCGCAGGAGAGACAUCGGGAUGUGCCGUCGCCCAUGCCUCAAGUUAUUCCACUCCCGCCCAUGUCUAUACCGACUUUCCUAUCGUUAGAACUGUCCGCCGACCGACCCUCUCCGCUGUACAUAUACCGACCUUCAACAGCCGACUUUCCUUACGAGUCUUCGAAAAUCAAGUAUGACCGCUUAGUCAACUUUCUACUUCUUCCGCCCAAGCUAGAAGCCAUACUGGCCUUCGGAACUUUGGCAUGUUUAGACGCCUGGAUGCAUACUCUUACCAUUCUUCCGCUCCGGUUUUUCCUCGCUGUAGGCAUUUUAAUGAAGUGGUGGAGUUCUGUAAUGGUCAAAGAGGUCAAGUUUGUAUACAAGGGUCUGCCUAGAUUAUGGAAACGAAGAAGACAGACAGAAGCAUCUACACCGACAUUGAACCCAUCUGCGGAGGAAGAGCCGCCAUCUCGGUCGCAAGGACCAUCAGCUUCAGCCUCCGCUUCCACGUCACCCAUUCCCAUCAGUGCAACUACAGCCAGGGAGAAUGACCGCACUGGAAUGAACUUCAGAUUUCCGGAUUCCAAGGAUGCUCCUCCACCCAAACGCACGCGUACGCGGUAUCGGCAUCGUCGCACAAUGUCAACGCCUUCCGCGCUAUUACCGAGUCACAAGGCUGAUAUGCUCAAAGGUGCCUUGGUCGUUGUCAGCUGUGUAGUUUUGAUGCGCUUUGAUGCCAGCAGAAUGUAUCACGGCAUACGAGGGCAAUCUGCUAUCAAGUUGUAUGUCAUAUACAACGUCCUCGAAGUCUGCGAUCGCCUCCUCUCUGCACUAGGGCAAGAUGUUUUGGAAUGUCUGUUCUCGCGUGAGACACUUGACCGCAACCCUGAUGGCCGAAGUAAGCUACUUCGACCUUUGUGGAUAUUUGUGCUCGCUCUGGUGUACAAUGUAGCUCAUGCGACUGCAUUAUUCUAUCAGGUCAUCACACUGAACGUUGCCGUCAACUCGUAUUCCAAUGCGCUCCUAACGCUACUCAUGUCGAACCAAUUUGUAGAGAUCAAAUCCACCGUCUUCAAGAGGUUUGAGAAGGAGAACUUGUUUCAGAUUACAUGCGCAGAUAUCGUUGAGCGCUUCCAGCUAUGGCUCAUGUUGCUCAUCAUCGCGAUGCGCAACAUUGUUGAAGUAGGAGGGCUCAGCAUUGGCGCACCUUCUUUCAGUAGCGUUUUCACGGGCGGGAACACGACGACUUCAGCUCCCUUGUCGGCCGCCAGCAUACUUCCGAUGAGUUUCACCAUCUUCCCAAAAUGGAUGGCCCAGGUAUUAAGUCCUUUCUUGUUGGUUCUGGGCAGUGAGAUGGUUGUGGACUGGUUGAAGCAUGCGUACAUUACGAAGUUCAACCAGACGAAGCCAGAGGUGUACGAGAAGUUCCUCGAUGUUCUGGCCAAGGACUACUACUCCGACGCCUUCGUAGACCAAAACCUUACACGCCGCCUUGGCUUACCAGUCAUUCCUCUCAGCUGCCUCUUUGUUCGCGCUGCAAUUCAAACAUACCAUAUGUUUAUCGCGACCCACAUGCCUGCCCCCUUUCCCAGCACGUCCACCUCGCUUGCUCCGAAUGAACCGCCUACAUCCUCACCAGCCACAACCGCGGCCCUCGCACACAUAGACCAGAUAUUCCGUCGCGCCCUCGGUCGCUCCAGCUUUGGCACUGGAUCCUUGAACUCCACCGCCCUACCCUGGUAUAGCUCCACCUGGACGCUCGACGACCUAAUUGCUGGCUCCACGAUGCUCAUCGUGUUCCUCAUCGCCUACCUGUUUUUCCUCGCUUUCAAGCUCCUGCUCGGGAUGUGUUUGCUCCGUGUCGCGCGUAACAGAUAUAGAGGCAUGAAGGAAAGGGAGCGCAUGAAUGUUGAGACGGGUGGGAAGAGGAUCGGUGGCUGGGGCGUGGUAGAUGUGGAUGAGGAGAAGCGGAGAUGGAUUUACAAUGACGAUCCGGAUGCAUUGAGGCGGCUGAGGGAGAGGGAUGAGAAAGGGAGACAGCAGGAAGAGAAAGAGAGGAAGGAGGGAACUACGUAUGGGCAUGUGUCGAGGUAUGCGAUGGUUGCGAAGAGGAUAUGGUAG